AUGGACCUUCACCGAGCAGCGGCUCUAGGUGACACGGACGCCAUUUUGACUGCGGCUGAGCAAGGAUAUGAUGUCAGCACCCCUGAUACCGACGGGAAAACGGCUCUCUGGUUUGCUGUACAAAACGGCCAUUUGGAUGCUUGUGGUCUUCUCAUCACCCGGGGAGCAGAUAUCGAUGCCCAAAACCUAAGUUUCCUCGAAGUUGCAGUUCAAGGAGGCCAUGCAGAUAUUGUCACUAUGCUGUGGCCGCAUUGCAAGGCAGAAAAAGAACAGCAAUCUCUAGAAAGUGCCAUCUCCCUAGGCUUCCAUGACAUCGCAGACUUCUUGAUUGGGACCGGCGAAUUCGGAUACCAGCACUUUCAAGCCAAUGGAACCGAUUUGCCCAUGAGGGAAGGAUUUCCCGAACGAGACACUGCAGCUUUUCAACAAUGGGAAAGAUUUCUUUUUGUUCGAAAUGGAGAGCAGCUGCCUUUGAACCAUUUGUUUUUUGACUAUGCACUUCUGCUUUCUACGAAGGCAGAUCGCAACGCAAGGCUUCGAUUAGUGCACUUACUGCUUGACAAAUCCAACCCCAUGGCCGAGGUGAACUGCAGGAUCAAGAUCAACGGCCAUUUUGAGACACCUUUGACGGCAGCGGCCGAGGCAGGCAACUUGGAAAUCCUCGCUGUUUUGAUUGAUCACUCAAACACAAGCUUGACUAUUUGUGGCAAGUAUGACUGGCCCGCCUUUCUUCACUUUAUAGCCUGUGAUCAAUCUAUCAUCACGGAAAAAGGCCGGGCGAUCGCACGGAGAUUGUUUAUCGAGAUUCACCCUGACCAUUUUUUGAUUGAUAGCAGGGGAACUGGUUUGGAACCUGUUUUCUCAAAUGUGCUUCGGUUUGGCGAUGACACGAUUGUAAAGCAGCUUGUCAAAGGUGCUGCAGGGACUAUUAUACUACCACUUCUGAUCAGAGCGAACGAGCCUAGUGGUCUGAAGUGGAUCCUACACUGUGAUAUCAUGCACGCGACCAAACCGCCACCGAUCCUUUGGGUCUUGCUUUGCGAUCAUCUUCUUCCUCAUCCGCAUUCGAAUGCCCUGACCUUGUUUACUCGAGUGGCAGAGUACCUAGUAGGGAAGGCCAUCUGGAGCCGGAUCAUACUGAAGUGUCUCGACGCCCGCGAUCUUUCUUUGGUCAGGCAAGUCUUUUGCCAUCUACGUGAAGUGACCGAGGAUACGAUCGUAAGCCUUUCAGAAGCGUCUACCGAUCAAUCUCUGUUCGAGGAGUGUGCCAAUCACGGACUUCCCAACGCGGCAUUGUGGCAUUACACUCAUCGCCGCAUAUCAGGAAACCCUGCCUUCAAAAAUCUUCUUUCCUGUCCCAGUAUUGCCCCGACCAGGCACAAUGUCUUCCAUUCAGAGCGCCUCUGGGACGUCGAUGUCGACUGCCUUUCGGACCCGUUGUUCACGACACAUUUCCAACCCCGUGAAAUGCCAUGGAUGAUGUGGUGGAGAACAAUCAUGGCGAUUAAUUAUGUCUCAAGAGCCGAAUUUGGGAAAGGGCCAUCUCUCUUGAGCCGUAACAAAUCAUGA